UGGUAGAUGUGAACCAACCUCCUCUUCUUCUUCUUCUUCUUCUUCUUCUUCUACCUCCUCCUCUGCCAACUUCUUCUUCUUCUUCCUCCUCUUGUGGCCCCAUCAACCCUGGGUGGUGUGCCUCUAAUAUCCAUCUCCUCCACCACCCCCUUGGUAUGUGAAGUUAGAAGCUGAUCAUGGUUAGCUUAAGGAGGCGCCGACUUCUGGGGUAUUCUUUCGUUAAAAAUUUAUUUGCGGUAGAUCUUCCUAAGCACAACGAGGAUGAAAAAAUGGUGGAGAAUUCUACUUUACAUGUUAAGUCGAGCAGUGUGCAUCCCUUGCCUCCAAUUAAGUUGGAUACACAAAUGCCGGUGAGAAUCUGUAUGGCUGUUCGACCAACUUCUCCAAUAAUAACUUAUAUGGAAAGCAAUUCUGAAUCAGUACCUGAGUCCUCCAAUGCAGCUACUUCCGACUCCCCAAAGGAAGAGCUAAAUCACUACUAUCCUGGUAAAGAAAUUAAAAGGCGCAAGCGACACAGGAGAAAGCACUACGACGACCAUGAGCCGUGCAUAAUGAGGGGUGUCUAUUUCAAGAACAUGAAAUGGCAAGCAGCUAUUAAAGUCGACAAGAAACAAAUUCACUUGGGUACCGUAGGAUCCCAAGAGGAAGCCGCUCGACUAUAUGACAGAGCGGCUUUUAUGUGCGGGAGGGAGCCCAACUUCGAGCUCUCGGAGGAGGAAAAAGAAGAGCUGAGGAGCUACAAGUGGGAGGAUUUCUUGGCGAUGACGCGCAGCGCCAUAAACAACAAGAAGCACCAGAGGAAACCUGGCGUAGGAGGGCGACGGAAGAAGUCCGAGAACCAGCUGCAAAGCGAAGGCGAAACCGAGAAAGAAAUGGCGAAUUCGUCAGCGUCCGGAGACGGAGAUGUCGAUGCAUUCGCGUCCUGAUGACGCGACGCCUCGCCAAUUUUUUCUCUCUCUCUUCCAUUGUGGGUAAUUCUGAUCAGGUAUUUAGUAGUAGUUCAUAGAAUUAGGAAUCUUAUUUAUUUGCUAUGUAUGUAUAAAUGCCCCUAUUAGGGCUGGUUAGGGUUUCAUAAACCAUAUUUUUCACGCUGGUUAGAUGAGUAAUUGCCAUCUUCAAGUCAAUAAAAGGUUACAUUUUUCAGUUAAUGAUAAAAGAUAAUAGCUUUUUUUUUUAAA